AUGGCUGAAGCAGGCCCUGAGGAGAUGGACCUGUACACGUUCUUCACGGCUGUGGAGGAAGGUGACGUGCAGACUGUGAGGAGGGGGCUGGAGGCUGGGGUGGACGUCAAUGUCAAGAGGAGAUGGGGGGACUGGUCUGACCAGACACCCCUCCAUGUGGCCAGCCGGUACGGGCGGACUGAGCUGGCGGAGCUGCUGAUUGAGCAUAAAGCUGAGGUGGAUGCGAGGGGUGAGCUCCAGUCUACACCCCUGCAUCGGGCUGCUCUCAUGGGCCACACCGGGACUUGUGAGCUUCUGAUUCGUCACGGGGCAGACGUGAUGGCACGGGAUGAGCUGCAGGAAACACCCCUGCAUCGGGCUGCUGCUGGGGGCCACACCGGGACUUGUGAGCUUCUGAUUCGGCACGGGGCAGACGUGAUGGCACGGACUAAGGUCGGACGGACACCAGCUGAUGCAGCAGAAGACCGGAGGACUCGCCGUGUCCUAAAGAACCGGGAAAAGGAAGUGAUACAAGAGAAGUCGUACCACGAGUUGCUGCAGAAGUCUGGCGGAGUGAAGGUCAACAGGUGUAAGGUGUUCGUGUUUGGGAUGGCGGAAACUGGGAAGUCCACACUUAAGGAAAGUCUUCAAAGGGGCCGCGUGGCUGCACUGCUCCAAGGACUGUGGUCAUCACAGGAGGAGCCUCACGACCCCACCCCAGGGGUGGAUGUUGGGACGUUCCAUAUUCCAGGGGUGGGGGAGGUCAGCCUGUGGGAUUUUGCAGGGCAGGCGGAGUACGCGGUAACCCACAGCAUGUUCAUGGAUGCAGAGAACACCGUCUUCAUUGUGCUGUACAACAUCAUGGAUGACAGCGAGGAGCAAGAACGACAGCUCCACUGGUGGCUGAGUUUCAUCAAGUCCUGCAACCCAAACCGGCAGCCGGACGUCAUCCUGGUGGCCAGCCAUGCAGAUCAAUUGCAAGUACGAGACAGAGGACAACGCCAAGCUGCCCAUCUUCUGCACUUGAUGACGUCAGAGUUCAAAGAUCACCUCCACAUCUCAGACGAAGUCUUCCUGAUGAACUGUAAGGAGACCCUAACACCUGAGAUGGACCGGCUCAAGAAACUGCUGGCCAGUAUGAGGACGGAAAUGUUUGAGCGCCAACGCCAGAUGCCUAAAUUGUGUGGUGAAAUCACCAAGCAUCUGUUCAGCUGGUGUAAGAAGAAGUGCAGCCCGAAGUGUCCUGUACUGAGGUGGCCAGACUACGUGGAAGCAGUCAAAGAGAUCGACCCACAUGUGGACGAGGAAUUCCUGCUGAAAUCUACAAGACACCUACACCGUCUGGGGGAGGUCAUCUUCUCCUGUCCCAGUGCUUCUGAUCCCAUCAUUGUCCUGAAGCCCAACUGGCUCUGCACAGACGUCAUCGGCCCAAUGAUGGCACCAGUCAACUUCCCCAUUCCCCGCCCGGAGAGAACAAGCGAAGACUACGUCACCAGGGCGGAGAUCCAGCGCGUCUUCCAAGACGUUGCUGACGUGGAUCUCCUCAUCACCCUGCUGCAAGAGUUCCAGCUCUGCCACUCCUAUGACGGACAGACCUUCAUCUUCCCAGGGCUGCUGACACAAACCAUGCCUCCUGACAAGUGGCAACCAACACUUGAGCCAAAGGUGGUCUACUUUGGGAAGCAAGUCCAGUGUGCCGACUCAACUGACAUGUUCUCCUCCGGGUUCUUCCCCCGAGUGCAGACCCGCCUGAUGAGGGAGCUGGAGAAUCGCCCGCUGCUGUGGAGAGAUGGCGCCAAAUGUUGGGACUUAAAUGUGGAAGGUCUGAUCAAACUCUCUCCGGACGGCCGUGCAGUCACCAUCUGUGUCCGGAGUGUACAGGGUGACAAGGGUCAGUGUGGCAAGAUGCUGCAGCAGCUGGAGAACAUCAUCGCUGAUGUGCUGGAUGAGUGCAGCCCAGGAACAGGCACAGUAGAGAAGGUGCUCAGCGCUCGUGCACUGAAGGAACACAGGGAGGAGUUCUACUCUUACGGCAAGGAGGAGAUCAGCAAGGCAACAACAGAGGGCGGUGCAAUCUCCCAUCCCACCCUCGGGUUCACGGAGCAGGUGAGUGACCUGCUGUGUAGAGAGGAUGAGGACCCGCUCACCAGGAACCGCCCAGAGCUGGUCCAGGCCUUGCGACACGUGGAGCCAAUCCUGGACCACCUGCAGGCACGUGACAUCCUGACUGUGGAGGAAUGUGACAGCAUCAGGGCUAACAGAACGCUUCGUGACAAGGCUAGAGAACUGUUGGACACGCUAGGAAGAAAGGGUAAAAGCGCCUGGGAGGUGUUCAAGAAAGUAUUGGUAGAAGUCAACCCGUAUGCUGCGGAACUGGUGCUGUAGGCAAAGUGCUUAAACCUCAAACUGACGUACUAGGCGAUCCUGAACUCUCAAGCUGAUUGUACCUGAAUAAACAGAGAAUGUGUAAGAAGAUCGCUGGCUGCAUCAGGUCUGGCUACCUGGAAUGACAUCCCGGAGACUGUACUGAGUGCCCCAUCUCUGAGGACAUUUAAACAUAGCAUGACCUUUAAUUGACAGCUUUGUGUGAAUUGCAGACCGGACUACCACGAAGAUUUUGAAAUUGAUUGAUUGAUUAAAGUGUAAUAUUACCAAUCAACAUCAAUUUACUCUGUAUGUGGUACACAAAUAGACAAGGCUCACAUUGAACACAUAGGGGUUUCCAUGCAAACUCCAUCUCCUUCAUCUUGUUUAUAUAGGAAUAAUACUGGCGUUACUAGUAAACAAUGAGUGACAAAUUGUUAACAGAAGUGUAGGUUGCUAACACAUGCAUGUGCGUGCAUGUUGUUUACAUUUGUGCUAUGUACAUUGUUUAUUGUAUAUAGCAGUUACUUAUGUAUAACAGCAGUAGGUUCAGACUUGUAAUUAUUAACAAGCUUGAGGAACACCAAUUUUGUAUGCAGAAUGUGUCUGUAGUAAAAAGAAUGAGACACCAGUAUGGGAUAUCGAGUCAUGUUUUCUUGCCAAAGCCUAUGUAAUGUUUUAAGUCUAUGAUAAACUUUCCUACACAAUACUUUCUAAUCCACCAAUGUGUACUCCAUGACAUUUAAUAGACAUAGACAUGUAGACAGACAUCUUCAAUAAAUACGACAUGCAAGCACAAAUCUUAUGGUCACAACGACUCUUUCUUCUCAUGUUGCCCAUUUAUUAAAUAGAAAAAAAACUCAUCUCCACAGGAUAUUAAAAACAUAUUUGUACACAGAUUUCAUCUGAUGAGAAAAAAACAGUGACACAAUUUCUAUCACAAUGAAAUCCUGCGAGGAAAUAUCAGCAAUUUUGCACUGACACAGCACUGUAUGUAUAUGGCCUCCUUCAGUCAAUAUUGACCAUGGUAAAAUCCUAAUUGAUAUCCGCCCUACAGCGUCGACUGUGGCUAAACAGUCCUAUACGAGAAUGACAGUCUCUGCCACACACUGACACUAAGUUAAACAUAAUUGUUUAGGUCCUCAUGCAACGUCACCUAAAGGUUCAUGCAAAGAAAAGUAUUCAGAUCAAAAU